ACAGUUUAAAGUCAGAAAGUGUAUGUUUAUUGUGUCGCAGGCAGUGUGCGGGAUAGCUCCCAAAUACACACCGCAAUUUACAGGUGAUUACAGAGUUCUUUUAUCUAUGCAAGUAUUGAAUACCCAAAAUACAAAUACAUAUUCAUGACUUUGGUACAUCCCAUUCCCCCGCUUCAUAUGGUAAUUAGUUCAAAAGCUAUUACGCAUGCCCAGUGUGUUCCUUUCAUGGGGAGGCCUCCCAAAAAGAAGUAGUAAAAGUAGUCUUCCUCGUUCUGACCUUUCUACCUUUUCAAUGCAAAUGUGACAAAUGAACCCUUGGAAGAACUCCCAUUCCUUGUCUUCAAUUGGUUUCAGAACAGAGGAGGUCCACAAUUGUCUUACCUUCCUCAAAGCUAUUUGUCAGUUUCUGUAUUCUUCAUUAUAAACCCAGCUAACCAAACAUUAUGCUGACAAGCAAUCAAUUAUUAAUUAACUACUAACUCUUAACUUCAUCAAGGCCUACCUAUUUGUUUUAAUGAGCUCCAACAAAGCUUAUCUCUAACUAAAAUCUUAGCUUCUCUAAAAUCUCUAAAUUUUUAAAGUUUAUGUUUCAAUAGGGAGAAGAUAAGCACGUGUGGGCUGUUGCCUGGGAGGGGAUGAGAAUAGUAAAGCAGAAUUUAGGAGCAAAAAGAGGGGAUACACAGGAAAACAAAUGAUGGAGUGGGGAUUACUGCUGUGCUGCUGAGCAGCCCCACUCUGGGUCCCUCUGCCUCAAGAGAGCACAACCGUGACUAUCUGUUGGUUUUCAUCCCUUGAGAGAAACCAGCGCCAAAGUUAACUGAGUUGCUGAACUCCAACAUUCAAUGCAAAAGCAUUUGCAACAGGAGGCAAUUAUUUAUUUUUAUCCGUUUCUUGCAGAGGACUAAACAGGGAUGUUUUUCCCAUUGGAGGUCGCUGGUGCUGCUCUGCCUGUGUCCGCUGAAGUGCAGUGAGGGAGAAACCAGAAGAGUCCGGGGGUCCCUGAGCUCAGGGCACUGCCUGGUUAUCAGCGUUGUCUUCAGUCAAGCCAAGGAGACAAUCACAGCACGGGGCAUCAGCUCCCAGGAAUCUUUCGUUUUUAUUCUGCAACUUGGUCGUACGUCAAGAUGUUAUAAACAGCCGCUCUCAGAGUUGUUUUCUUCGUUAGAAGUUCAAUGCUCUCCCGGAGUCCCCGUUCCCUCAGCCAGCGUCCUCAGCGGCGCCGCGAGCGCAGCGCAGCCCCAGCCCCAGCACAGCUCCAGCGCCCUGGCCCCGCCCCGUCCAGCGCACGCGCCGUCCGCCCGAGCGCGACCCCGCCUUCCCCGUUCCGCCCCGCCCGUCCCCCGCGCCGCCCGGCCCCCGCCCCCAGCGGCGCCGCAUCGCGGCGGCCAUUUUGUGCGGCUGCGGUCGGUGCGCGGGGCUCGGCGCGCCGCGGGCCCGGGCGGGGUGGCUCCGUUCUAAUCCUUUUUCCCGUACAGAUCCCUCGGUGUGUGUUGUUUCAGCGCAGCAUGGCUGUGGUCAUCCGCUUGCAAGGUCUCCCGAUUGUGGCGGGGACCAUGGACAUUCGCCACUUCUUCUCUGGAUUGACCAUUCCCGAUGGGGGCGUGCAUAUUGUAGGGGGUGAACUGGGUGAGGCUUUCAUCGUUUUUGCCACUGAUGAAGAUGCAAGGCUUGGUAUGAUGCGCACAGGUGGUACAAUUAAAGGGUCAAAAGUAACGUUGUUGCUGAGCAGUAAAACUGAAAUGCAGAACAUGAUAGAGCUCAGUCGUAGGCGUUUUGAAACUGCCAAUCUAGAUAUGCCACCAGCAAAUGCUAGCAGGUCGGGACCACCACCUAGUUCUGGAAUGAGUGGAAGGGUUAACGUACCUACUACAGUACCUAACUUUAAUAAUCCUUCUCCUAGUGUAGUAACUGCUUCUACUACGGUGCAUGAAAGCAAUAAAAACAUAUCCACAUUUUCUACUGCCAGUAUUGGCACUGCACCUCCAAAUCUUGGGAGUACCUUUGGUAGUCCAACAUUUAGCUCAACUAUACCUAGCACAGCAUCCCCAAUGAACACAGUACCUCCUCCACCAAUCCCUCCUAUCCCAGCUAUGCCAUCUUUGCCACCAAUGCCUUCUAUUCCCCCUAUACCUGUUCCACCUCCUGUACCCACACUGCCUCCUGUUCCUCCAGUUCCUCCAAUACCCCCUGUGCCCCCUGUACCUCCAAUGACACCUCUGCCUCCCAUAUCAGGAAUGCCUCCUAUGAAUCCUCCACCUGUAGCACCCUUACCCACUGGAAUGAAUGGGUCUGGAGCAGCAGUGAAUAUGAACAGCGGCUUGAAUCCAUUGUUUAUUGGUCCCAUGAAUCCUGUAAAUCCUAUCCAGAUGAAUUCUCAAGGUAGUGUCAAGCCAAUUCCAAUCAAUCCAGAUGAUUUGUAUGUCAGCGUUCAUGGAAUGCCCUUUACUGCAACAGAAUCUGAUGUGAAAGACUUUUUCCUUGGGCUCCGUGUGGAUGCAGUCCAUAUGCUGAAGGAUCAUGUAGGUCGAAAUAAUGGAAAUGGACUAGUUAAGUUUUUUUCUCCUCAAGAUACGUUUGAAGCACUGAAGCGAAACAGAAUGCUGAUGAUUCAGCGCUAUGUUGAAGUUAGUCCUGCAACAGAGAGACAGUGGGUAGCUGCUGGAGGCCACAUAACUUUCAAGCAAACCAUGGGUCCCUCUGGGCAGGCACAUCCUUCUCCCCAGCCUCAUCCUAGGUCCAAAUCUCCCACUGGACAGAAAAGGUCACGGUCAAGAUCUCCCCAUGAGCAUGGUUUCUGUGUUUAUUUGAAAGGUCUUCCCUUUGAAUCGGAGAACAAACAUGUGAUAGAUUUUUUUAAAAAGCUGGAUAUAGUUGAGGAUAGCAUUUAUAUAGCUUAUGGACCCAAUGGAAAGGCAAUUGGGGAGGGCUUUGUUGAGUUUAGGAAUGAAGCUGAUUAUAAAGCAGCUUUGUGUCAUCAUAAGCAGUACAUAGGGAAUCGCUUCAUUCAGGUACAUCCAAUUACUAAAAAGGCAAUGUUAGAAAAGAUAGAUAUGAUUCGUAAAAGAUUGCAGAACUUCAGCUAUGACCAGAGAGAAAUUCUGAUGAAUGCUGAGGGAGAAUCAGGCUUGCCAAAACUGUGUGCGCAUAUAUCUAAUAUUCCAUACAACAUAACAAAAAUUGAAAUACUUCAGUUUCUGGAGGGACUGGCAGUGGAAGAAAAUUCUGUACAAAUUCUUCUUGAUAAUAAUGGGCAAGGUUUAGGACAAGCACUGGUUCAGUUUAAAGCUGAAGAUGAUGCUCGUAAGGCAGAACGCUUGCACCGUAAAAAACUGAAUGGAAGAGAUGUUAAUUUGCGUUUGAUAACUGUAGAAGAAAUGAGAGAUAUUGAGAGGAACCCAGCAUCUCAAGGAAAAAAGAUCCUGAAAAUACCAAUCCAGGGGAAUGCAGCUGUGCCAGGAACACAGGGCCCUGGUGGGGAUGAGCAUGCCUUCUUGGGGGGAAAUGCUAAAGAAGCAAAUAAUGGUCCUCCGUUUAAUUUCCCUGGUAACUUCAGUGGGUCUGGCACAUUUGGUCCCCCCUUACCGCCACCUGGAAUAGGUGGCUUUCCUGAUUCUAGACCAGGAAUACCUACAGUUGCAGCUAGUGGUUUACCUGGUGCAAGUAUUGAAGUACCAGGUUUUGCAGGUGGUCCUGCUAAUUUGAGUGGACCAGCAGGUUUUGCAGGGGGUCCUCAGACAUUUGGAAAUGGUCCUGGCAAUUUAGGUGGGCCCCCUGCCUUUGGUGCUGGUCCUCCAGCAAUUGCUAGUGGUCUUGGACAUUUAAGUGGACCUCCAGGGUUUGGACCCGGACCAGGAAACAUACAUAUUGGUGGACCCCCAGGUUUUGGAACCGGGUCUGGGAAGCCAGGGCCAACUGUCAUUAAAGUGCAGAAUAUGCCCUUUACUGUUUCGGUGGAUGAAAUUUUGGAUUUCUUUUAUGGUUACCAAGUGAUCCCUGGUUCAGUGUGCUUAAAAUACAAUGAAAAAGGCAUGCCUACUGGAGAAGCAAUGGUUGCAUUUGAGUCUCGUGAUGAAGCUAUGGCAGCUGUUGUUGAUUUAAAUGACAGGCCUAUAGGUUCCAGAAAAGUAAAACUUGUAUUAGGGUAGCUGUUCAUCAAGUAGUUGUAGAAUAGAUAUUCAUAGUGCUGUGACAAAUGCAUCUGGAUUGGUUUUUAUAGUAUUUCCAGGAUAGAACCUGUGGAUUGUUUAAAUUGUAAAACAGAUGGGUUUUGGUAAGACAGAGCACUGGGUUAGCCAUUACAUGAGAAACACUGCAAGGAGAGAGGUGUGGUGGAUUUUCCUCGUACAAAUAUGUGGACAAGCUGGACAGAUUCUUAUUCGUCAUAAAAGUUUGGUAAACUCUUCUGGACUCAGUGCUUAUUGAGAAACUGAGAUUGGUUUGACAUAGUUUUGGAUAAGGGAAAUAGAUGAAGUGAGCGAAGCUCUUCAGUGGUGUUCUUGUAAGCCAUUGUAAAUUAGAUAGCUAUUUUUAGAUUUGGUUAAAAGCUGGCUGAAUUUGCUUUGUUCACAGGUCAAAGCUUUGUUUAAAGUCCUGAUUUUAUUCUGUGACUGAAUGAAUUCUCAGUGUACACAGAUCAAUUGUUUUGUGUAUGUAUCUUUAUUUUUUCCAAAAUUCUCACUGUAUGAACAGUUGAAUUAUGCCCUUUGCUGAUGUGUCUACCAAACUAAUUCCUAUGAGUAUGAGCAGAAUCGUUCUGUAAAAUUCAAGCUGUUCUGUGUGGUAUAACCUUUAGUUAUUUAUAUAUUGCAAUUUAUAACUGCAGAAUAAGACUUUUGCCACAAGUAUAGCUAACCUCAAACAUAAAUCAUAUGAGUUUUAUAGUACAUUUAAAAUGUUUUCAGUUGAAAAUAAUCAUUAUUGUUUAAGUAGCUUGAUUUGUUAGGAUUACACAAAUCAGUUGAGAAAGGAUCUUUGACACUAGUUGGAUAUUGGUGUUUCUCACAUGUCUCUUGAACUCCUCGCAUAGAGUCUCUGCUAAGAGAACCAAAGUGGUGAUUAUUAGUACAAGAUUGGAGUCCAUAUAAAGUUUUAAAUUAGGUUAUAAUGGAAGAAACUUGUAUCUUCAGCAACUCUGUUGUGAAUUACUGCUGUGGGUGAAUUGAGAGAUAAAAUUUAUUUUUCUCCAAAACUUGAAAGUACUGAGUUUACUAUAUAUUUUUGCAAUAAAGUUGUGCUGUUGUAUUCAAAGUUUGUAAAGAGUUGCCAUUUUCUUUGUUGCACAGUGAAACCUUCCAUGGAAAAACGGAGAAAUGGAAAGGAAGUAAUUAUGCAAGUGAAAAGUAGAAUUUUUUUGGUUCAUCCUUGCUUGGCUUAUGAUAAAUUUUAAGACUUGGACGUUGCCUGGAAAAAAUCCUGCUAUUCCCUGCAAAUCAUUGUACUUAAACAUAGUAAACUUCAAACUGUUUUUGGGUUUUUUUGACAAAGAAAAACAGUGCUUUUUGGUGUUGCAUACCAUGGAACACUGAAGUGUAUGGGCAGGCAAAAUUGAGAGGUGCAAGUGGCAACAGUUUUAUUCAUGUGGUGUGUAGGAGAGAUUUGCAAACGUGUGCAGCGCUGCGUCCUGAGAGGAUUUCACAGUACAGAAAUCCGUGGAAGGAUUGUAUAAAGGUGUACUUCAAUAAAGAGGCGGUUGCAUUACACAGAUGCUUCUGUAAUUCAUUAGCAUAAUUUUGUUUUGACAGAUUACUAGGUGGUCCCAACUUUGGAAAAGUCAUGUGAUUUGUAUAUACUGUUUAAAAUUAAGCCUCCUGUUAAUAAAACUGUCUGUCUCUGAAGCUUCAUGUUAUGCAUUUCAACAGUCUUUGGGAGUAAUGUUUCAACAGCAGAUCUUUGUUUCUUUCUUUUUUUUCCCGACAGUCUGAAAGUACUCUUCCUGAUGUCAGAAAGAUGUGUGUGAUAAGGAGUCAAGUCAGUUUAUUUUACAAUUUUGCUCUUUGUUUUUUAAGCAACUUUUAUUAAAGUUUCAUACUAUAUUGGAGUUUUUUGGGUGCUUGUUUCUUCGUGUUUCACAUUAGAAUAAAAUUACUGAAAAGGAAAA